AUGGCUCGUCGUCAACACACUAACAAUGCUGCUUCUCAGCGCACUUCUGCUCGAUUGAAAGCUAAGGUUGACACACAGACCGAAGCUCCAAAGGUGUCUACUCGCCCUCCAACAAUCCCACAAUCGAAACCUCGGAAGACACAAAAGCUUUCGAAUACAUUGGUACCUCAGACCGACAACGAACGGUCUGCUCUCAGCAAGGUUAGAGGCCGCCGUGGUCAUCUCAAGUUGAUGACAGAAAUGCCUCUCGAUAUCUUGCUCGAGAUAUUCAGCUACCUUCAACCCAUGGAUUUGUUGCACCUUGCCCGAGCGACAAAGGCUCUUCGUGCCAUCUUGAUGCAACGAUCCGGUGCAGCUUCAGUUUGGAAAUCGGCAUUUACAAAUGCAACACCAGCACCGCCCAGUUGUCCUUCUGAUCUCAAUCUCCCGCAAUAUGCCAAUCUUCUUUAUGGCCGUCACUGUCAAUUUUGUAGUUCCAUCUACGGGUCACUGGUUGAUUGGUGCAACCGAAUUCGGACGUGUUCCAGCUGCAUCUCGUCAAAAUAUCAGUCCGGGACAUUGGACGGUGACAACGUGGUGCGAAGUGCUGAACUGAUUACCAAUGGGUGGAUGGUAAGGAUCGCCGGUCGUCAUUCAACCGUAUUUUUGAAGCAAGAUUACGAUCACAACCUUCAAACGCUUCGUUCCCUGAGUGAUACUGCCGCAUCAGCAUUUAUUGUCGAUCGAACGAGGCUCAAGGCGGCGCGACGCCAGCAUCUUAAUGCGUAUGUGCGGUGGGAAUCUCAACUGAAAAGAGAACAUCAAGAUGACCUACACAAGGUUCGCACUGACCGAAGGGAAGCAAUCGUUCAAAAGCUUCGAGAACUCGGUUAUGGGAUAGAGGUUGACCGUUUAUACUGGCGGCAAAUACGUGACCUCCCGGGCGUGAAUGCAUCAAAGCCGCUAACUGAACGAGGUGCGCACUCUCUCACACUCCUGUCGCCCAAUCUCACCGAAGCAGUCUGGGAGAAUUUGCGUACAGACCUCAUAUACAUUCUGGAGGCUAUGAGGGAACAGCGCCUACACGAAGACCGUUCUGCGGUUGUGUCAAAGCACUUAGCCAUUUUGAGAGAAUUGGUUGAUAAAUAUACGAAGAAGCAACCUAAGCCCGCAGUGGUACCUAGAGCUGUCGACCUGGCCUUGAUGGAGCCCUUCCGCAGCGCGGUAUUCAACACUGAGGCGACGAAAGAAAGCAGACUGACUGAGCUUUCAAAAUUGGAAAAUCAAAUUCAACCUCUAGUGGUUUCUUGGCAAGAUUCUGCAAAUGAGUUUCUGGCAGGACUCCUACCCUCCACUAAACGCUCUGGGAAGCGUAAGCUCGAUACUUCCCAGCUCAAGCUUGCAGCGAUUUUCUUCCGCUGCCACUGGUGCACGGAGCCGAUAUCGUAUCCUAGGGUCCUUGUUCAUAACUGUCUCAUGAAAACUCACUCACGCAGCAACGGAGAUGAGGAUUCUGAGGAUGAAACUGAGGAUGAGAAACUGCUCGCUUUGGUACCUUCGUGGGUUGGCAUGCCUUGGAAUCAUGAUAAAGAGCAGGUUACAUUUGACGAGGAGGCGUGGAAGUGCGCCCGAGGCGUCAUCGUUGCUUGUGGAGAAGAUCCUGACACCGUCACCGCAUCCCAGAUGGAUGACAAAGAUCAAAGGGUUGAAUGUCUCCAAUGUCGUACUCAAACUGCCAGCGGAAAACGACUAGUAAUGAAGUGGAGAAUCGCUAUUCUACACGAAAUAGAGAAGCACUGGGAGGAAACGUCAAGGAAAGGUUGGUCUCUUUUAGGCGACGACGACGUGCAAAAGGCCAAGGUCCAGGAAGCCAAGAAUAUGUCAAGGUGUCGCGAAGGUCCUGAGAGAUGUAGUACUUGUGAUUUUUUGUCGAGCACGUCGCCCAUGACUUCAAGACAUGAUCAUUGUGAAGGUGCCACAUAUAUUCCCCUAGACGCUGCUAUGAAAAGGCCUCCUUACGCUGUCAAGAUCUAA